GGUCAUGAAUGAAUCAAGAAGAAUCAGAUUUAGUUUCUUCAUCAUCAUCAUCAUCUUGAUCUCUGGGGGGAUUUUACCGGUAUCUUCAGAUGAUGAUGGUGUGGCCAAGAAAGAAGAGAAUCCGUCACUUGUAAAGAUCAUAUGUGGGAUCUUUGGCAAGAAAUUUCCUCCUAGCUCUUGGGAAUUGAUUCAAGGAGCAAUGCAGAAGAUCCAAACGAAGCUUUACCCUCCAAAUAUAGAUUUCAGAAGCAACAGCGACAAAAACACCAAGGACAAAGAAGGAGAAGACAAAGUAGAGAAAGUGAAAGAAGCGGCCACAAGGAGCCUUGAAUUAAGCAAGGAAGCCAUUGAAGAAUCAGCGAAACUAGCAGGAGGUGUUGUAGGAGAAGCAGUUCACAAAACAGCUGAGAAAGUUGCUAAACAAACCUCACAUGAUGAAAUGUAAAUGUAACCCACCAAAGAUUUGCUCAUAAUGUUAUUUAACUUACAAAAAAAAAAUCAGAUUCAAAAGGAACGAAUCAUAGCGUUCAGA